GAGAGCGACUCAGAGGACGAGGCUCAAAAACCCUUAAAAAAGGGAGCGGGAAAGACCAAAGAGGAGAGUGACUGGGAGGACGAGGACGAGCAGCCCCUCAAAAAACUACUGAAAAAGGCCAAAACGGAGAGCGAAUCGGAAAAGGAAGAGAAACAGCCCUUGAAAAGGGGAGCGAAAAAGACCCGGAGGAAAACUGAAAGCGAGUCGGAGGACGAGGAAGAGAAACGGCCCUUGAAAAAGGGGGAGAAAAAGGUCAAGGCGGAAAGUGAGUCGGAGGAAGAGGAGGACGACGACCAGCCCUCGAGGAAGGGAACGAAGAAGGGCCAAAAGGAGAGCGAGUCGGAAACCGAGGGAGAGCAACAACCCCUGAAAAAGGGAAUGAGAAAAGGCCGGAGAAAGAGCGAAAGCAGCUCAGAGGACGAGGAAGAAAACCGACCUUUGAAGAAGGGAACAAAAAAGACACAAAAGUUCAGCGACUCGGAGGAAGAGCAGAAGCAGCUCCGGAAAAAGGGAAUGAGAAAGGUCAAGAGAAAGAGCGAGUCGGAGUCUGAGGAGGAAGAGAAGAAGCAGACCCUGAAAAAGGGCACGAAAAAGGCCAGAAACGAGAGCGAGUCGGAAGAGGAGCAAAAAGAGAAACCGCCCCUCAAAAAGGGAACGAGAAAGGCCAAGGAAGAGAGCGGCAGCGAGCCGGAGGAGGAAGAGGAGGCCAACCGGCCCUCGAAGAAGGGAACGAGGAAGGCCGGGAGAGAGAGC